CUUCCAUUUGACAACCCUGGAACCUUUGUGAAGGAGAGCACUAAUACACCUGUUUUGUUGAUGAGAAACUGAAGUUGGAAGCAUGUGACUUGCACAGAGAGAGUUAAUGGUUUGUGAAUGAGUGUACCUGAUUAUGGAUCCAGGUGGUGGAAGUCUUGGGCUACAGACACAGGAGUCCAAAAUGCCUCAUACCAUGAUUAUGCAAGAUUUUGUGACUGGAAUGGCUGGUACUGCUCAUAUUGAUGGAGACCAUAUUGUUGUGUCAGUCCCUGAAGCUGUACUAGUUUCUGACGUUGUCACAGAUGAUGGAAUAACUCUUGAUCAUGGCUUAGCAGCUGAAGUUGUUCAAGGACCUGAUAUCAUCACUGAAACUGAUGUUGUUACGGAAGGUGUGAUAGUUCCUGAAUCUGUUUUGGAAGCUGAUGUUGCUAUCGAAGAAGCUCUUGAUACCAGUGAUCAUGUUUUGACUUCAGAUCUAAUAACAGAAACUGUUAGAGUUCCUGAUCAGGUUUUUGUGGCUGAUCUUGUUACGGGUCCUGAUGGACAUUUGGAACACGUGGUACAGGAUUCUGUGUCGGGGGCUGACUCCCCCACAAUAGUUUCGGAGGAGGUUCUUGUCACGAAUUCAGAUACGGAAACUGUGAUUCAAGCAGCUGGCACUGUUCCUGGCUCUACAGUUACUAUAAAGACUGAAGAUGAUGAUGAUGGCAAGAGUACAUCUGAGGACUACUUAAUGAUAUCUUUGGAUGACGUUGGGGAAAAACUAGACCAUAUUGGAAACACACCAUUAAAAAUCAGCACUGAAGUCUCCCAUGACAAUGCUUCUAAAGAUGAUGGUUUUGGUUCUGAAGUUAUUAAAGUUUACAUAUUUAAAGCUGAAGCUGAAGAUGAUGUGGAAAUAGGUGGAACAGAGAUUGUAACAGAGAGUGACUUUCACAAUGGGCAUUCUGUAGCUGGAGUCAUAGAGCAAGGAGGCGUUGGCAGAGUACAGCGAGAAAAGAUGGUCUAUAUGGCUGUUAAAGAUUCCUCCCAGGAGGAUGAAGACAUUAAUUGUGCUGAAAUAGCAGAUGAAGUUUACAUGGAGGUUAUUGUUGGCGAAGAGGAAGCAACGUCACUCCCUGAUGCACAGCUUGAAGACUCUGGUGUGAAUAAAACUUUUGUUCCUGUUGCAUGGGCUGCUGCUUAUGGAGAUGAUAGAAGACUUCCCAGGAGGUAUGAAGACUGUCAAACACCAGGAACCAACUUGGAGGCAAGAUUAGAAAACAAAAAUGGCAAUGCAACCCAAUUCCUGCAAAUUUGUGAUAGCAUUACUACAAACAGGCUGCUUAAGCAGAAGGCCAGGAAGAGGCGGCGAGGGGAUGCAAGGCAGUGGCAAACAGCUGUUAUAAUAGGUCCUGAUGGACAGCCUUUAACAGUCUACCCUUGUCACAUAUGUGGGAAAAAAUUUAAAUCCAGGGGAUUCUUGAAAAGGCAUAUGAAAAACCACCCAGAUCAUAUGAUCAAGAAGAAGUACCAGUGCACGGACUGUGAUUUUACAACUAACAAAAAAGUAAGCUUCCAUAAUCAUCUGGAGAGUCAUAAGCUUAUCAACAAAGUCGACAAGACCCACGAAUUCACGGAGUACACCCGGCGGUACAGAGAAGCAAGCCCGCUGAAUUCGAAUAAAUUGAUCUUACGGGACAAGGAGCCCAAAGUGCACAAGUGCAAAUAUUGUGACUACGAGAGUGCAGAGCAGGGGCUCCUCAACAGACAUCUGCUUGCCGUUCACAGCAAGAACUUCCCUCAUGUUUGCGUUGAGUGCGGGAAAGGAUUCCGCCACCCUUCGGAACUCAAAAAGCAUAUGAGAACCCACACCGGGGAGAAGCCUUACCAGUGCCAGCAUUGUGUCUUCCGUUGCGCUGAUCAGUCCAAUCUGAAGACACACAUCAAAACUAAGCACGGCACUGACCUGCCCUUUAAAUGUGAACAGUGUCCGCAGGCGUUCUCAGACGAGAAAGAACUCCUGCAACACGCAGAGUUGUUUCAGGGGCAUAAGAUUCAUCAGUGCUCGCAUUGUGAUCAUAAGAGCACCAACUCGAGCGACCUGAAACGGCACAUAAUCUCCGUUCACACAAAGGACUUCCCUCACAAGUGCGAGGUAUGUGAAAAAGGCUUCCACCGUCCGUCAGAGCUCAAAAAGCACAGUGAAUCUCAUAAAGGUAAAAAGAUACAUCAGUGUAGGCACUGUGACUUUAAGACUUCAGAUCCUUUUGUACUUAGUGGGCAUAUCCUCUCUGUUCAUACCAAGGACCUGCCUUUUAAAUGCAAACGAUGCAAGAGAGGAUUUAGGCAACAAAUCGAACUGAAGAAGCACAUGAAGACCCACAGUGGAAGGAAAGUCUAUCAAUGCCAGUAUUGUGAGUAUAGCACUACAGACGCAUCGGGCUUCAAACGGCACGUCAUAUCAAUACACACAAAAGACUAUCCACACAGGUGUGAAUACUGCAAAAAGGGAUUCCGUAGGCCGUCAGAGAAAAAUCAGCAUAUAAUGAGGCACCACAAAGAGGCCCUAAUGUAACAUACGAUCUAUGGAAGGAAGUGGUUUAGAAACUGUGAUAUGCUAAUUGGGGAAGAAAACUCUCAUGAACUGUUUCUCCUGGUUUCAAAGCUUGAUAUUAAAUCAUAACUUUACAUUCUUUGUAUUAAAAAGUCUUAAAAAGUAUUAGGGUUGACAGGGGGUCUCAAAGCCCCAUGAUUGUUGCUCAUCAAAAUCUAAAAGAACACUAUACAGAGAGGUGAAUGAAUGUCUGAAAAAGCUGCAGAAAGAGACCUUGAAUGUCUUCUGGUUAAAGUAUUAUAUACAUUGUUAAGCUACAGAAAAUACUAAGGCAGUUACCUUAGCCCUUUAUCAAUAAUGCCAGUUGUCUCCUUGAUGAAAACUGGAGACUGGAGUUCUUCAAAAAUGUUCGCUAAGGCAAGUCUACCAUAUGCAGUUUUUGAGGAGCUAGAUGGUAGUCAGUCACUUGGUCAUUACAUUUUUAAAUUGUGCUGGGAAAUUGUAUUCAAGAAUUGGUCAAAAAUUGAGGUCUGUCCU